AUGCACAGGCGUCUCAGGAGCCCGAGACCUCCCCUUCUCUCCUCCGUGGAAGCCCUGAAGCCUCCGUUUCCUUUGGGACUGGGAUCCGGGGUCUUCUGCCUGACCCGGGGUGAGAAAGGGAGCCCUGAUCAGGACCCGGUGAGAGGGCGCUGGAGCCCGGGAGUGGCAGGAGCCUUGAGCGGCAGCCCGGGAAGAGGAUGGGGUCCCCUUCGGCCCCAGAUCCCCCACUGCCAGGGCCUCUGUCACCUCCCUGGGGUCCUGUCCCCUGGGGUCCCACCCUCCGGGCUGCCUGUGGGUAUCUCUCAUCUGGAACUGGAAAUAACCCUCUUCAAAUUUUGCCUGCACUCUCCCUGGAUGCUGGAGGCUGGAGGCAGUGAGGCAGCAACAGCGCAAGGAGACUUGAUGGAGCGGCCUCAUAUAGCGACUUCGCCUUCCGCUGCGCGUCCUCCCAGAGCCCAAGAAGCCCGGAACCUGUGGGGUCCAGCUCUGAAAGGAGGAGAGGGCAACCCAGCCGAGGGCCAAAACCAGCAGCUGAUUUGGAUACCAUCAAGACACCUGAAACCUUGUCAUGAGCCAGAUGCUGAGGAAGAGAUUUUGGGAGGAACCCAAGGACCCCCCAGUUGCAGCCAUGUCAAGACUGACAAUAAGGAAGACACCAGUUCCGGCAAGCAACACUCACUGGGCACAGCCACCCAUGUGGAGCCAGAUCAAGAAGUUGACACAGAUGGCAGAAGAAAAUCUGAAGGAAGCGGGACGACCAGUUACAAUGAGUAAUCUAAUGGCAGCUAUGAUGGCUGUGCUCACCAUUGCCUCUGCAGAUGUGGAUCCCGAAUCCUGCGAGAAGUAGCCCACCAUGACAAAGCUGCCUUUGCUUUUAUCGCUUUGCAAAAACAGAAAGGGAGACAUGCUGGGAACAGACCCUAAGCCUCUCAUAAACAGGCCUUAAACUGGCCAUGAACAGGAUUUCUGCACCAAUGUGACAUGCUUGUGAUGGCUAUGAUGCACACUGCUAGAAGUUGUUAGUUUACUGGAGCAGGGUAGGGAACACCUGGCCCGCCUGGAGCGGAAAAUUGCUCAAACCACAAACAAUAGCAUGAGCGGCCUGUACCUUAACAACAUGUUUUUGCUGCAGAUAAUCAGCCAGAGACUGUUUCUCUACUCCUCUCUAAGAAUGCUUUGUUUUUCAUAAGGAAUGCUUUCAGCUAAUCUAUAAUCUAUAGAAACGAUACUUAUCACUGGCUUGCUGUCAAACAUGUGGGUCAAACUCUGUUUGUGGCUUUCAGUUCUGAAGGCUGUUAUCCCCCUGAUUCCCACUUUGCACUUUAUUUCUGUGUGUUUGUCUUCAUUCCUCUAGCACCACUGGGUUGGGGUCUCCAUGACCAAGCUGGUCUCGGCACAUAUCUAUGCAUGCCCAGGUCCUGAAAUCAGCCUUGUUGAGCCUGUGGGUAGGAAAAGUAGACCCUCUGUGCAUGUAGGCCUGGAACCUGGCCAAUACUGUAUUUUCCUGCCACAUUUGGUUUCAAAUGUGGAAACUGACCAUACCGACCUACUGCAUUUGUUUUUAAAAAUCCUCUGUAAGUGGACUUGCAGAGUUGAGACCCAGAUUGUUCCAGGAUCAACCCUACAGUAGAAAUCAAGUAUCUUUUUUAUUGUCUCUUGGGAUCCGUCUUUUCACCAAUAAAAUAUGAGGGCUGUUGGGAGCAGGCCCCCACAAAUCUGGCCAUAAACUGGCCCCAAAACUGGCCAUAAACAAAAUCUCUGUAGCACUGUAACAUGUUCAUGAUGGCCCUAACGCCCAAGCUGGAAGGUUGUGGGUUUACCGGAAUGAGGGCAAGGAACACCUGGCCUGCCCAGGGUGGAAAACUGCUUAAAGGCAUUCUUAAGCCACAAACAAUAGCAUGCCCGAUCUGUGCCUUAAGGACAUGCUCUUGCUGCAGUUAACUAGCCCAACCUAUUCCUUUAAUUCAGCCCAUCCUUUCAUUUCCCAUAAGGGAUACUUUUAGUUAAUAUCUAUAGAAACAAUGCUAAUGACUGGUUUGCUGUUAAUAAAUAAGUGGGUAAAUCUCUGUUCGGGGCUCUCAGCUCUGAAGGCUGUGAGACCCUUGAUUUCCCACUUGACACCUCUA